AUGAUUAAUAAUAAUGGUUCAGGUGGUGCACUUACACCAACAUCAACUCAAACAUCACAUACUACUAGUAAUGAUGAUGGUCCAGUACUAUGUACAAGACUGAAAGAUAUCACCAACGACAACAACAACAACACAAAGUCAUGGAGAGAUCGUGACUCUAUAUACUUUAACUUUAUACAACAACGUCAACAUGAUUGUGAUAUGUUGAUGCAAUUCAUAGAUGACAUUGUACAUAUUUACAGACAACUACAACAUCAACAUCAUCAACAACAACAACAAUAUUAUAAUCAUUUACUUGACAUUGGUUGUGGACUUGGUCGUUUAUUCAAUCAAUGGCAGUCUUCACAAUGGCAACAUAUCGAUGCCUAUGAACCAGAUGAUGAUUAUUACAAUGUGGCUCAACAGCAUCAAUCAAGAACACUCGACAACAACUACAACAAGAUCAAUGUAUUCAAACUUGGCUUCUUGGAACUGAACCAACAUAACAAAUAUGAUAUGAUUGCAUCGAUUCAUGGACCAUUCCAAUACUUGACAGAAAUUGAACAUCAACAACAGGCAGUGGAUAAUAUGUAUAGAGCUCUGCGGCCUGGUGGCGUUAUAAUACUUGAUGUAUCCAACUUCUUGGGCUCAAUGUCACACUUUCAAUCACAUACAGAGCAUUGCCAAGUUGUCAAUGGUACAAGAGUCAAACGAAUGUCCAGUGUACGACUGGAUCACGAUCGUUCAAUAUGGAAUCAACAUGAUAUAUUUGUAAACAUGGAUGGUGACAUUGAGGAGGAGGCGGAGCAACACAUUGAAGAGAGUCAUCAAUUCUACAUGUUCACAUCUGAUGAGUUAAGACAACUACUUGAAUCACAAGGAUUUGUAAAUAUUAUGUUUGCUCAUAGAUACAGCGCCAACAGUAUAAGUAGUGAUGGUACUGGUGAAGGACCUCGUCUAAUCGUCACAGGACAGAAGUCUUGGGAUGCCUGUAAUUCA